UCUUGCUUGGGGAGGGAAGCUUCCGGUUCCGGCUGGGCCUGUGAAUUGCAGCCUGGCAGUGCCCCCCUGCCCCCACCCGUGAGGGAGCAGAAACGCCCCCCCGCGUAUCCUGGGGGUAAGGGCCGGGCCAGGGGGCUUCCCCCCACUCCAAUCUUGCUAUCCAAGGACCAGCCCCUGCCUGGGGCGCGGAGGAGGCUGGGGCAGCGCCACACACCGGCCGUGCCCCCUCCUGGGUGGAGAUGGAAGCCAAUGCAGCAAGCGAUGAGGGUGUGCAUUUCCAGAGCUACCCUUUUGACUUCUUGGAGUUCCUGAACCACCAGCGCUUUGAACCUAUGGAGGCCUACAAUCACGAACACGCCAAAGCUGUUGCUGCCCUCCCUUGCCCACAGCCACAGUACGAAUAUGCCCAGCCACCAACAGCUGCUCCACCUGCUCAUUUUGACCGCAUCCCUGCCACUAUUGGCACACCUAAACCCAAAGCUGAAGGCCCGUCCUCCUCCUCUUCCUCAGCCACUUCAUCUGGGACCGUUCAAGUCAAGAAAGCUGAACCAGGGGGCCCUGCACCACCUCCACCCCCCCAGCAGCAGCAACCGCCAUACAGUACUCCAGCCGUGGUGCAAACAGCAGGCCAGCCUCUCUUUGACAGUACAGCAGCUGCAGCUGCUGCUGCGGCAGCUUACAACACUCCUCAGUGGGGCAUAGUAGAUCUUUCUGGCCACCAGCAUCUCUUCAGCAGCCUGAAACGUGGGCAGGCUCCCCCACCAACUGCAGCCACCGUUACUCCUGACAGUCAGGCAGGCAAAGACGAUAAGAACUAUUUCCGUCGACUGAAAUAUUUCAUUGAUCGGCGAUUCCCAUGUGGUGUGUGCCAGAAGUCAUUCAAGCAGUCAUCCCAUCUUGUUCAACACAUGCUGGUGCAUACAGGCGAACGGCCGUACGAAUGCACCACCUGCGGCCGUACCUAUAACCACAUCUCCAGUCUCAUCCGGCACCGCCGUUGUCACAAAGAUACUGAGGAUGCUACUGCUGCUGCCAAUGCAGCGGCCGCUAAUGCAGCAGCUGCCAAUGCAGCGGCCGCCAAUGUAGCAGCUGCCAACGUAGUGGCCGCCGCUGCCGCUGCUGCUGCCGCCGCCAGCAUAACAGCAACACCUGGCGCUGAGGGAGCAGGCCAGCCUCCUACCCAAAGCGGUAACCUCCAGUCAGUAGCUGCACCAUCUGGCGGAACAGCCACAUCUGCCCUCAGUGCUGCCAUAGCUCAAGCCGAAGGUCCUUUUACCUGCUCUCUGUGCUGGAAAGUGUUUAAAAAGCCAAGCCAUCUUCACCAGCAUCAGAUUAUCCAUACUGGUGAGAAGCCAUUCUCCUGCUCUGUCUGCCAGAAGAGUUUUAAUCGCCGGGAGAGCUUAAAGCGACACGUGCGGACACACUCAGACUUGUUGCGAGUCCAGUGUGGGGUUUGUGGCAAAGAGUUCCGGGAUGCCUCCUACCUGCUCAAGCACCAGGCCACUCACGCUCCUCCUGGAACUUUACCUCCACGCCCCGAGUACAAAUGUGACAUCUGUGGCAAGGGCUACGUGGCUCCCCAGAAUCUACUACGUCAUCGGCAGCUCCAACACGAGGGUGUCCAGCUGUCCAAGGAUGGCACCAAUACCUUGCCUUAUCUGCCACCAGGGGCCUACCUCCUUCCACAAGACCCACAAGGCACGGGCUCUGAGGGAGACACCAAGCCAACCUCCUAUGGUCUCUUGGGUGCCCACCCCUUGCUGGUAGGGACAGCGGCAGGCAAGAAUUUCUGCUGUGGGAUCUGUGGCCGUGGCUUUGGACGACGGGAGACACUAAAGCGUCAUGAGCGGAUCCAUACAGGUGAGAAGCCUCACCAGUGCGCAGUGUGUGGGAAGCGUUUCCGUGAAUCUUUUCACCUCAGCAAACACCAUGUAGUGCAUACUCGGGAGAGGCCGUACAAAUGUGAAAUAUGUGGGAAAGUGUUUGGUUAUCCCCAAAGCUUAACUCGGCAUAAACAGAUUCACCGGUUACAGUUACCUUGCUCUUUACCACCCAUGGGACCCUCCCUAACUCCCAUGGGCCCUUCUCUCCCUCCACCCCCUGAGGGACUAACGUAUGGCUGUUCUGACUGUGGAGAGCGCUUUCCUGAUCUUUUUCAUGUCAUGAGCCACAAGGAGGUCCAUGUGGCCGAGAAGCCCUACCCUUGUGAUGUCUGUGGCAAAUGUUUUGGUUUCAUUGAGAAUCUCAUGUGGCACAAACUUGUCCACCAAGCUGCUCCUGAGCGACUUAUACCACCAGAUGAAACAGCAGCUGCUGUCGCUCCACUAGAGAACGGGCUAGCUAGUGGUGAGAACAUAGCGUCUUAUGAAGAUCAUCCGACCUUGCCAAGUGGAGAACGUUUCUCCUGCUCUAUCUGUGGCCAGACCUUCAAGCAUUUCCUGGGACUUGUGACCCACAAGUAUGUGCAUCUGGUGCGUCGCACGUUGGCCUGCUCGGUCUGUGGACAGAGUUUUGCUGGAGCUUACGACUUGCUGUUGCAUCGUCGCACACACUUGCAAAAGCGGCACUUCUCUUGCCCAGUCUGUGGCAAGCGCUUCUGGGAGGCUGCCCUUCUCAUGCGUCACCAACGCUGCCACACCGAGGAGCGCCCAUACCGUUGUGCUGUCUGCGGGCGUGGUUUUCUGCGUUCCUGGUACCUGCGUCAACACAAAGUGGUUCACACAGGUGAGCGUGCUUACAAGUGUGCCCUCUGCAACAAGCGCUUUGCCCAGUCAUCCAGUCUGGCAGAACACCAGCGUCUUCACGUAGUUGCCCGGCCUCAGCGUUGCCCAACUUGUGGCAAGACCUUCCGCUACCGUAGCAACCUUUUGGAGCACCAGAGAGUCCACCUGGGCGAGAAAGUCUACCGCUGUGACCGCUGCUCCAAGAGCUUCUUCUAUCUGUCAUCCAUUCUGCGUCACCAACGCUCCCACGAUGCUAAGCGUGAAUUGAGAUGUGGGGCGUGCCUCAAGCUCUUCAAAGACCCCAAGUAUUUUAGCAAACACCUCCAAGCCCAUCAGGGAGGACGGCCCUUCAAAUGCAGCACCUGCGGAGAAGCCUUCUCCAAUACUUACGGCCUCAAAAAGCACCGCCACAUUCACAAGAUGGAGCGCUUUGCUGCCAUGGGGGCCCAUAAGGAACAGCCCUAAUGUUGGAAUAGUAGCAGCAGAAAAAAAAAUGGGUGGUCCGUAUCUUGGUACUGUAGGAUGGGACAUGCAGCUACUUCCAGGUUUCUGUUGAGCCAAGAUGGCAAGGCAUUUCCAUGUAUAGAAUAUAAGAUGUGCUUGUUAGCAGUGAGAUGCUCCAGUUGGGCACUAAUUUGGAAGAGUCAUCCAAUCAUAAAGUCACGAGAGGACAAGCCAGGUAGAGGCAAGAAUGAAUUGUAAAGAUAGGGUAUAAUUAACAAGAGGUAGUCGCCAGUUACCUGCUAGAUUUCUGCUCUCUGACAGAGUAUCUUGACCACUCUGGAUUUUUUAACUAAUUGUCUAGGGAAAGGGAGAUGGAGAUACCAAUCAUAGAAGUGACCUUUGCCUGUCAAGCAUGGCCACGGUGCUGGGGGAUGGAAGUUUCUUCCUGUUUCUGAGCAAAUGGGAACAAAUAAGGUUAUGGUGGAAUGACAUUUUUUUUUUCAUUUGAAGCCUCCAUUCUGGAAUGGAAACCGUAUAUGGCAUUCCAGUUCACAAGAAGAGAUGGUGCUUCCUGUAAUCCCCUAGAGAGAAACGUUAGACCCAAUUCAUUCCUUUGGGAAUGAGACAGGAAGGACCAUGAUACAGCACUUGAGGAAUGUCCACCAAUCUUUUGUGUAAACUCAACUAUGUAAUCUGUAUUAGGUAAGCCUUGCUUGCAUUCUGAGAGAAAGACUUUAAUUAGUGUUCCUUUCUUCAUAUGUAUAAAGAAAAUAGGCUAGUUCUCAAUUUUUUAAGACCUGGGAGGUAGUGAGACAUGGCUGAGGAUAGUAGAAAGUUAAAGAAGUCUGCUUGAAUUGUCUAGUGCAGUGGUUCUCAACCUGUGGGUCAGGACUCCAUUUGGGGUCGAACGACCAUUUCACGGGGGUCGCCAAACAAGGCUGUCCGCCAUUUUUCCCCCCUUUUCCUUGGCCAUGCCCCUGGUACCCGGUGAUGUAUAAGUGGUUGGGGGUCACCACAACAUGGGGAACUGUAUUAUGGGGUCACGGCAUUAGAAAGGUUGAGAACCACUGGUCUAGUGGGUGGCCCCUAUUAUCUAAAUGCUGUUGUGCCAUCACAUUUCUAUUAUAUUCCUGCCUCCAGAACAGUACCAGUUCAUGAUGCAAUUGGAGGUUCACAAAACUGUACUAUGGAGAAAAAAAAAUUGAGCCCAGAAGGUUUCUAGUCAAGCUUCCCUGCCAUGCCACUUUCCACAUUUAGGGAGCACUGAAUGUUAAAAGGCAUUUGAAGUUGUUAUUCUUGCCAUUAUGCACCUCUGAAGAAGCAAAAUCCCAGGAUAAUUAUAAUGUGUGCUUUUCUAAAUGUUCAAGUUGGCCCAUCAGGAGUAGACAGGAAAGGCAAAAGUAGGCUAGGCUCUUUCCCCCUUGGAUUAGCUCUCUUUCUUUGUGCUCAACAUCCUCCCUAAUCUAUUGGACUCAAUAUAGAUGAACUCAUGUGUGAAUAAUACCUUACUUUGAGCCCUAAAGUGGAAUGUGGGUUUGGAGAGAGUUGUGACUGUGUACAUUGUUAGCCUUCCCUAAUGUUAGCUUUCCUUCUGCCCGCCACUGAAAGUUGGUUAUGAAACUGUGUGUGAGAGAAAAAUAAACUUAAUUGGUGGGUCUACCA